GUUUUCCAGUGGGAACAUUUAUAGUGAUGCACACCGCCUGACAGUCAUGUCGGCAGUGGAGUCGGGACGCUUACUGUUUGAGUAAUCAACAUUACGUGUGAAUUAACUCAUUCAGUUAUUUUUAUACUCGGGAAUACAAUAUUUGAUACUGCGCUUUGAAGAAAAGCGAGGUUUCUGUUGCAGUAUUUUGUUAUAAACGUCACGUUCGAGCCAUGGCGUCUCUGUCCGAGGAGGUGCUGCUGGUGGUGAAGAAGGUUCGCCAGAGGAAGCAGGAUGGGACCCUUUAUCUGAUGGCUGAACGGAUAGCCUGGGGUCCAGAGGGUAAAGACCGCUUCUCCGUCAGCCACUUGUACGCUGAUAUUCGCUGUCAGAAAAUCAGCCCAGACGGUAAAGCCAAAAUUCAGCUGCAGCUGGUGCUUCAUACGGGCGACAGUACCACAUUCCACUUUUCCAAUGACAGCAGCGCUCUCAAAGACCGAGAAGCCGCCAAGGAGCUGCUGCAGCAGCUGCUGCCCAAGUUCAAGAAGAAAGCCAACAAGGAACUGGAGGAGAAAAACAGGAUGCUUCAAGAAGAUCCAGUUCUUUUCCAGUUGUAUAAAGAUCUGGUUGUGAGUCAGGUGAUUAGUGCAGAUGAAUUCUGGGCCAACCGGUUAGGAGACACAAACCACGCAGACCCCUCCUUACCCAACAACAAACAGGAAGUCGGUAUAUCUGGAGCCUUUUUGGCAGAUAUUAGACCUCAGACAGAUGGCUGUAAUGGCUUGAGAUAUAAUCUGACUGCUGACAUUAUUGAAUCCAUCUUUAGAACAUACCCUACAGUGAAACAAAAGUAUUGUGAAAAUGUGCCACAUAACCUGACGGAGAAGGAGUUCUGGACCCGCUUUUUCCAGUCCCAUUACUUUCACAGAGACCGCAUCAACACAGGGACACAGGACAUCUUCUCAGAGUGUGCCAAGCAGGAUGAAAAGGGCUUAAAGUCUAUGGUGGUUCAAGGAGUGAAAAAUCCUUUGGUGGACCUCCUGUCGUUAGAAGAUAAAACAUUAGACGAGGGUUAUGGAGUUUGUACAACAAUGGCCUCAACUUCCAACUCUAACCGGACGGUGAAGGACAGCAGUAAUUCUGCCAUCAUAAAGCGCUUCAACCAUCACAGUGCCAUGGUGCUGGCAGCGGGCUCACAGAAGGGGGAAAUGCCAGCUAGCGAGACGAGCAGUGCGGAUGGAAACUCGAGGGACUCUGACUUCUUCCAGCCUCUUGUGAAGAAGGUUAGAUUACAAGAGACCAUGGAAUAUGAAGAUCUGCAGGGAGAAAACAGACCAAAAACCGUUGCAUUAAACCUGAAGAAGUCUGACAGGUAUGCUCAUGGUCCAGUGCCACUUCAGUCCCAACAUUAUACGACAAGCCAGGAAAUCAUCAACUCUGUCAACAACAUCCGGGACGAGAUGAUCAAUUACAAACCCAACCUCAGUCAGGUGUUGUCAAACACAACCGCUAGUUCUGCCAUUGCAGCACUUUCUUCAGGUGGCGUCCUCAUGAAGGCAGCAACACAGCAAGCCAUUAAUCAGAUGAUACCCUCUGAGGUUCAAGGAGAGUUGAAGCAUCUUUAUGCAGCUGCUGGAGAGUUGUUGAGACACUUUUGGUCGUGUUUUCCUGCAAACACGCCAUUUUUGGAGGAGAAGGUGCUGAAAAUGAAGUCAAAUCUUGAGAGAUUCCAGAUGACCAAGCUUUGUCCCUUCAAGGAGAAGAUUCAGCGCCAGUACUUAAGUACAAAUCUCACGGGGCAUUUGGAGGAGAUGCUGCAGGCCGCCUACAGCAAGUUCCACGUCUGGCAAACCCGGCGCAUGUUGAGGAAAACCUGAGGUCUGUUGUGGAAGAACGGAAGGGAUUACAGAAUAAGGACAAGUGACCUGAGGGGGUUCUCUAGACGGCUGUGAAGAGAGCACAGCCUGAUGGGACAAGAUGCAGACCGUGGUUGACGAGGCCAUAGACGGACGCCAGCUACGUCGCAGGUGUUCAACCUGAGAUUAACUCCGUCACAAAUAUCUACAAUUAUUCUCUCUCUCGUUUGUGUUCUCUCAAUGGUUGAGAGAUCGGAGCUGUUAACAGGACUUUUAAAACGGUGUAACGUGACCAAAUGGAAAGGAUCUCAGUAAAACACUGAGGAGCAGAGGGAGAGCUUGGAUGCACGAAGAGCCCCUGAACCCCUCUGAGGGGCUAUUCAGAGGAAAAGGGUGACGUUAAUAAAGCAAUACUGUAAAGACAUUUGGCACUGAGUGCAGUAGUGUAUGCGUGGGGCUCAAAUCAAACUGUCACUUGUUGGUAUUGUCUGAGCCUUAUUCCUUUUUCUUCUUUUUUGCACUGAAGACGAAAAUGUUUCUGCAUUAAA